UCUGCUUACAGGAUGGCUUCAACUUGAUUGUCUGUCGCCAGGUAUAUCUCUUGUCUAGUCCAGAAAAAUCUAAUUGCUACAAUUUUUCGAAACUUGGUCGCAGCGAAAUGACACUAGAGACGCGACAUGAUUGUAUAGGAAAUUGCACUGGCAGAAGUUGAAAGAGGUUAUAUAGCGAGAGGGAGGGCGACAUUGUUGUUUGUUGACAUCCGGUAUGGCUACAAUGUAACAACGCCUGUGGUCUACUCGCGGGAAACUACUAGGCUACAUGGGAUUGUGUGAAUUUAUGGAAAUAUGUCCAAGAAAAGGGGCAGAAAGCGUAGCAGCGGUGAGCUGAGUGAGAGUUCAGGUUCGUCUCUGUCAUCGACCCCGGACCCUAACAACCUGCUGGGCAUGCGGAUUGAGCACAUCUGGAGGGAGAAGGGAAACCUGACCAAGUGGAAAGGCACAGUGCUGGAGCGCCUCACCGUUAACACCUCCCUCUACAUGGUCAAAUACGACGGAUUCGACUGCGUCUAUGGCAUUGAGCUGUUCAAGGAUGAGCGAGUGUCCAACCUCCAGGUUUUAACAGAGAAAGUCGUAAACAACAAGAUCAAGGUGCCCCAUGAUGCGCCAGAGCUGGUGGGGAAGGCUGUGGAGCACCUGUUUGAGAAGGAGGACGGUGAGAAGAACGAGUGGCGGGGCAUGGUGCUGUCUCGCGCCCCCAUCAUGACCAACUGGUACUACAUCACCUAUGAGAAGGACCCUGUGCUCUACAUGUACCAGCUCUGGGACGACUAUAAGGACGGAGACCUCCGCAUCCUCCCUGAAGCAGAGAACAAACACCUACUGCCUGCAGACAGGAAGCCAGGCGAGGAGACAGAGAGCCUUGUGGGUAAGCAGGUGGAGUACGUCACGGAUAAGGGCGUGAAAAGAACGGGGCUGGUUAUCUACCAGGUUCCAGCCAAACCCUCUGUCUACUACAUCAAAUACGACGAUGACUUCCACAUCCACGUCUACGACCUGGUCAAAACCACCUAGAAUACAACUCUACCCGGUCAAAGCCCCCUAGAAAGGACUAGGCCCCCCUGCCUCCGACCCUCACACCUGUACACUCAUCUUAGGUUGAGGCCUAUUUCAACUCAGUCAAUUCAGGAAGAGAGUUGAAGUUCAGUAUUCACCAAAGUCAAAAUAUUGGGAAACUUAAUUCAUUAUUGGAAUGUCAACCCAUUUCCUGAAUUGACUGGAUUGAAAUGGAACUCUCUGCAACCAUGACACUACCCUGCCAUUAUUGUGGACAUAUUCCCUGCCCUGUGUCUUGUCCAACGUCAGAAGUUUGCUAAAAGUGUGAACUCUGUGACUCAUAGUGACUAGUGUUUUGUAAACAGUGCAAAGCCUGCAUGUAUUUCCUUUGCUUUUAAGAAACAAGUGAUUAAGCAGUUAUGUUUGAUUAUGUUUGGCUAAGAAGUACUAAUUAUAAAUCGCUCUGGAUAAGAGUGUCUCCUAAAUGACUAAAAUAUAAAUGUAAGGAAGUAGAUAUUAUCAAUGAAAAUGACCUAUGUUGAUGUUCAAAUGUGUUGCUAGAAUAAGUGCAAUAAAAAAAUGAUUUAAUAGAAAUUAUAAACAACUGCCAAGAUUUGACUGCACAUGUCUCAGAAUAGCCAAACACCAGCUGAGGUCAAAUUAUUAGACCUACUAGUUUCAUGAGUACAGAGAAGUCAUGUUUAUUUGAGCCAGACAUUUAAAUACUAUUGGCUGUCACUGCAAGACAUUUUGGAUUAUAAUCUACCCUUAGUCAUGGUUGAAUAAUCAAAUAUUUCUGUCACGUUAGAACGCUGUGAACAUAACUGUACUUGCUUUUGUAAAUACCUGUAUUGUGAGGCAUUCUUGAAAAUACUGCAAAGUUGCUUUGGUAUGAUUUGCUGUUAAAUAAUGCAUGAUUUAGAGAUUGCAGCAAUUGUUGGUACAUUGUUUGUUUCAUUAUGGUGGGUAACCACCCCAGUUGGUAAAGCAGCACAAUAUAUACAAAAAGACAGAAGGACAAAUGGUUUCUCCAUCAUUUACAGAUAUUAGCAGAUGUUAAAGCAGGUGCCGCGACAACAAGAAAAUAAACAAGAAAUUAAGAAACGAGCAAUGUCAGAGUCCGGAAUAUUAAUACAGGGUGUGUAUAGACAAUAUCUACAAUAUACAAUAUAUAUAAGUAGUAAAAGGGUAUGUACAGCAGUAGUUGUAUAGGAUGAGCUAUGUCAAGAAUACAGUAUCCCACUAGGCACAAACUAGGCACAAAUGUCAAUUCAACAUCUUCCACAUUGGUUCAAUGUAAUUUCAUUGAAAUAAUGUAGAAACAACACCUAAAGUGGACAUUGCUCUUGGCUGCUUGGAGUCGCAUUAACAGUAAUCCCAUGCAGCCUUGUUUACAAGUUUGAACACUGGAAGAUGACAUUUAAUUUACACCUCAAUUAGGAUGAUAGAGCGUAAUUAUUUCUAUAUAGCUUAUAUUCUCAUUCUAAACUUCUAAUGCAAGUGGGGUGGGUGUGGCUUCAUGACAAUGAUGGCAAGAGCAGCUGCUCACCUAUUUUACUCAAUGCAGUUCCACCUCCAACACCGCCAAAACAUCCGCUAUGCGGGUGUCUGCUAUCGCCAGUUAAUGCUUGAUCUGAUUGAAUCUAGGCCGGCUAGUGAUGACUGUUUAACAGUCUGAUGGCCUAGAGAUAGAAGCUGCUUUUCAGACUCUUGGGGCCAGCUUUGAUGUACCUGUACUGCCUCUGCCUGCUAGAUGGUCGCAGGGUGAACUUGGGUGGCUGAGCUCCUUGAUGAUCUUCUUUGCCUUCCUGUGAUACCCGGUGCUGAAGGUGUCCUGGAGGGUAGGCAUUGUGCCCCAGGUGAUGCGCUGGGCAAGACCGCACCACCCUCUGGAGAGCCCUGCGGUUGCGGGAGGUGCAGUUGCCGUACCAGGCGGUGAUACAGCCCGACAGAAUGGUGCUCAAUGGUGCAUCUGUAGAAGUUUGAGAUGGUCAAACACGACUCCAAGACAAAUUUCUUCAGCCUCCUGUGGUUGAAGAGGUGCUGUUGCCCCUUCAUCACGGUAUCAGUGUAGCGGUACCAUUUCAGGUUUCUCAGGAGGAACUUUGCACUCCGUGGAACUUGAAGCUUUUGACCCUCUCCACUGUGGCCCCGUGGGUGGAGGCGUACUCUCAUGGCUGUCUCCUGUAGUCCACAAACAACUCCUUUGUUUUAUUGACAUUGAGGGAGAGGUUAUUUUCCUGGCACCACUUCACCAGGGCUCUCACCUCCUUGUAGGCUGUCUCGUCAUUGUUGGUAAUCAGGCCUACCACUGUGUCGUCAGCAAACUUGAUGAUAAAGUUGGAGACGUGCGUUGCCAUGCAGUCGUGUGAAUGGGGAGUACCUUCACCACCUGGAAUUGGCCCAUCAGGAAGUCUAGUUGCACAGAGAGGGGUUCAGACCCAGGGUCCUGAGCUUAGUGAUGAGCUUGGAGGGCACUAUGGUGUUGAAUGCUGAGCAGAAGUUGAUGAACAACAUUCUCACAUAGGUGUUCUUCUUGUCAAGGUUGGAUAGGAAAGUAUGCAGUGGCGAUUUCGUCUUCCAUGGAUCUGUUGUGGUGGUAUGCAAAUUGUAGUGGGUGUCGGAUAAGGUGGAGGUAAUAUGGUCCUUAAAUAGCCUCGCAAAGCACUUCAUGAGGCAGGGGUGAGGCUGUGGAUGUUUGUAUGUCAGCAUGUUGUCAUUUUUGUGUAUGUUUUGUAUUGUAUAAUAAAACUUCUUUUUUUUUUUUUACAAAAAAGAGCACUUCAUGAUGACAUUUAGAUCAGUAACCUUUGCUUUCUUGGGUACAGGAACAAUGGUGGACAUCUUGAAGCAAGUGGGGACAACAGAAAUCCAUUUUGUAAUAUGAUUCUAGCAGGUAAUUACUGAUUGUUAGAAAUAGUUCAAUUGAGCAAAAGCUUUAAUAAACACAUUAAACCACA